AUGAGCACUCUCCUCCACCUCUCCACCACCGGAAGCCUCACCAUAAGCGAAGCUCUGUUCUUCUUUCUCCUGGCAGCCCUUAUGACCGUCGGUCUCUGCUCAACCGCUGCGCUGAGGAGGAAGAAAGAAUUUGCAGAGGGAGAAGAGAAAAUCAAUCUGCCGGCGGCGAGGUUCGAAAAAGAAGAACAGGGGGAAAAAUGGACGGUUGGUUGGGGAGGUAUUAGUGAGGUUAUGGCUCGUGUGCUGUGUUGGAGCGGGAGGAACGAGCGGUUGGAGUUAGACGAAGGUGGGGUGGGAUGGAGGGAUGUGGAGGCGACGACAGCCACGGCGACGGCUGCUGCGGCGGCGGUGGCGGCGGGUGGAGUGGACAGUGGGAAUUCAGUGGCGAUGUCGCCGCUGUGGCAGAGGAGAAUACUAAUGGGAGAGAGAUGCCAGAUGCCGAUGUUUAGUGGCGUUAUACUUUACGACGAGCGCGGGCGGCUGCUCCGCGGCAACUCGGCCAAAGCUAAGCAGGGGGGGAGAUCAGAGAUUAAGAAGUCUAACAUAAAUCUUCGUGUUGAUGUUGAGAUUUAG